AAAUAUCUACUGAAUGAAACAGUGUGUAUUGAGUUUGACCAAGCACUGGACGGGAAGGAAAUUGAGCUGUGUGUUUAAUUAGUCUGGGACGGAAUUUUAUAGUUCUCUUGGCAUGUUGACAAUGGAUUUGCAUCAAAUAAAUUUAUAAAUUACUGCAAUAAGCGAGGAUAAUUUUAAAAAGUUUUGACAGUCGUGAGGGAGGAAUACACUCCAGAAAACAGAGGAAUGAACCACUCGCCACGAUGACACAGUGCCUACUGAAAAAGAAGCAGUUUUUUUGUCGGGAAUGGGCCUUCAGCAAGAUCAACCAUUGUCUGGAGAGUCGGCCUUCGUCCAAGACAUGUGGGGCCCUCAUUAUGGGGGGCCCAGGGUGUGGAAAGACUGCAAUCGGCUGCGAGCUGGUGUGGCCAACUAUCCCGCAGGGUAAGCAGACGCUGCUGAACAAACGUUUGUUAGGCUACCACUUCUGUCAGGCGCAUGACAUCGACAGUUUAUCACUCUCCAACUUCAUCAGUGGACUAGUCGAACAACUGUGUAAUUCCGAGCUGAUAGCCGGAUACUGUGAAAGGCUAGAAACUUCUGAAGCCAAACGGUUACGCCGCCCCGCUGAAAUCGAACGCAACCCCGAUGAGGCUUUUCAGGAACUUGUGCUGAAACCCUUGUCUUCCAUUGAGCCUCCUAAUCAUACAUUAUUUCUAUUAGUGGACUCAGUUGACGAGUCGUAUCUACAGUCACUGAACGAUCGUACGACCGGAAGUAAAACGAUAGCCGAACUUCUGGCCAACAAUCACACUAGUUUUCCAAAUUGGCUUCUCUUAGUGUGCUCAUCACGGAAGCAGAGCAAAUCUGUAACUCGUAUGUUCACAGGUUUCCGGAAGAUAAGUCUGGAUGAUCUCCGGAAGUCGCACGUGGUGCGAGAUGUCCAGCAAUAUAUUCUCUGUAGACUCGACCUUGAGGAGGACCUCCGCCAACACCUAAGUCGUGACACGGCGGAAAUGCUCAAUCAACUUCACAUCAAAAGUAAUGGUUGUUUUUUGUACUUGGAGAAAGUUUUGGACGGAGUUUCAGAAAAAUUCAUUAUGUUACGGGAGAUCCGCGAAAUUCCGGGGACGCUUAAUGGCCUCUAUCUCUGGCUAUGUCAGCGGUUAUUUGUGCGGAAACAAUUUUCUAAAAUUCAGCCAAUUUUGAAUGUGAUUCUCGCCUCCAGAAAACCUUUAACUGAGGAACAGUUAUUUUCCUGUGUGCAAACGUCAAAUCUCACGCUAACAAAGGAAGAUUUUGACAAGCGCAUAAAACUGCUUUCAAAAUUAUUAAUUGAGGGAAACGGGGGUACUAAAAUUUUAUUUCACCACAGCUUUGCUGAGUGGCUUCUGGACGUAAAACAUUGUACCCAAAAGUACCUGUGUUCUGCCGCGGAAGGUCACGGCAUGUUAGCGAUGCAUUAUACUGUAAACGCUGCAAAUCUCUCAACUGCUGAGGUACAGGAUUUCACUUGGCAUCUGGUGAGAACCAGCUUCGAGGAACCGAUUCAAACAUACCAUCUAACUCAGUGGUUAUUAGUCAGUGGCGCAGAUGUAGAGAACAGUUUAUCUGCCGGUGUUCCGAAAGAACAAAAAGUAGUCAAAAUUUUACUGGAAGCCGGGGCUAAAAUGCCGAUGGAUGCCGAAGAGGCAGAGUGUGCAAGUCUUCAGGCCAGCAUGAUUGAAGAGUCAGAAUCAUGUGACCAGACUUUAGAAGAUGUGGACCUCCAAAUCAACGAGGUGGACGGAAACGGACGGACUCUCUUGCAUACUGCCGCGUACGAGGGGAAUUUAGACUUAGUGAAUCUUCUGUUGACAAAAGGUGCAAACGUAGAGGCGGUUGAUCGUAGUGGACAGACGCCCUUAAAUUUAGCUUCGCGUCAAGGUCACGGGACAGUUGUGGCCACUCUUCUCAGUGCUUCCGCGUCUGUUGAUUCUACAGACUGUGAAGGAUGGACUGCUUUGCGGUCAGCGGCAUGGGGUGGACACACGGCCGUCGUGUGUUUACUGUUGGACUCGGGUGCGGAUGUAAACUAUGCUGAUAAAGAUCAGCGAACGGCUCUGCGGGCUGCGGCAUGGGGUGGACACGAGGAUAUUGUACUUCGUCUAUUGGAGCACGAAGCAGACGUCAACAAAGCGGACAUCGAAGGUCGCACCGCGCUCAUUGCCGCAGCCUACAUGGGACAUUCUGAAAUUGUUCAGCAUUUACUAGAGUACAAAGCGGAUAUAAAUCAUGAAGAUUGUGAUGGAAGGACGGCGUUAUCAGUUGCUGCUCUGUGUAUUCCAGCCAGUGAAGGACACGAAAGCGUCGUCGGCAUCCUUCUGGAGCAGGGCGCCGAAGUUGACCACCAGGAUAAGGACGGCAUGACGCCAUUGCUGGUCGCCGCGUGCGAGGGUCACCGUGACGUCUGUGAACUGUUGUUGGAGUGGGAUGCGGACAUUGAUCACGCAGAUAAGAGUGGUCGAACGGCUUUACUGGCCGCAGCAUCAAUGGGUCACGCGAAAAUUGUAUAUCAGCUUUUAUUUUGGGGUUGUGCUGUGGACACGAUAGACUCCGAAGGAAGAAAUGUCCUCAGUAUAGCUGCUGCCCAAGGGAACGAAGAUACGGUGCGCCAGCUGCUUGAACGAGGUUUAGAUGAAAUGCACAAGGACAAUGCUGGAUGGUCUCCCCUUCACAUGGCGGCGUAUGAGGGACAUCAAAAGGUGGCAGAGUGCCUUCUGGAGUUCUGCGCAAAAGUCAACGAGAGCGACAACGAUGGCCGACAUCCAUUGGUUCUAGCUGCACAGGAAGGACACCUAGCGGUGGUACGCUGUCUCGUGGAGCAUGGCGCCACAGUUGAUCACAAGUCACAUGACGGGAAGACUGCGCUACGAGUGGCUGCUCUGGGCGGUCACUUAGAUGUUGUCGAGUGCCUCAUGUCGUGCAACGCAAAUAUUAAUUACAAAGACUUGGAUGGAAGAUCUACUCUAUACCUAUUAUGCCUUGAAAACAAGGCUGAUAUGGCUCUUUUUUUGCUGGAAAAUGGUGCCGAUGCUGAAUGUACCGAUUUAGAAGGAAGAACGGGGCUGCACAUUUCAAGCUGGCAAGGUCACACUGAGGUUGUACAGCAUCUUCUGAACUAUGGAGCACAGGUUAAUGCCGUGGAUAACGACCGGCGAUCUGCUCUUCAGUCCGCGGCAUGGCAGGGACACGAUCAAAUCGUCCGUCUCUUACUGCAGAAAGGUGCCACCGUGGAUCACACUUGCAACCAGGGCGCCACUGCUCUCUGCAUUGCAGCACAGGAAGGACACGAAGAUGUAGUCAGAACUCUCUUACAAUUCAAAGCCAAUCCAAAUCACGCAGAUCAGUUUGGUCGGACGCCGGUGAAAGUUGCAAUAAAAAGUGGACAUUCCAGUGUGUGUCGGUUAUUGGAAGAAUACGGCGCUGUUGCGCCAAGCUGCAAAAGCAGUCGAAGUAAUUCGUCAGCCUCCAGUAACGACACUAAACCUACAAAUACAACCGGUGGCGUAACUUCAGGGGUCAUAGUUAAUGGCAGCCAGCUCAAUAGCUCGCCUUCCGAUUCCCCCGACUCAACCUUUGACCGACGUAAGUCGUACGCUUCUAACAAUUCUUCCAAGUCGUCCAGUAAUUUUACUUCUUCUACAAAUCAGAGUGCCCACAGCUCCAAUAUGCAUGGAGGUAGUGACUGUCUGACAUUUACACAGCAGCUUCAGCAGUGUUCAAUGAGCCGAAACCGACCGCGCCCAGCCAGCCGUGUCCUGUCCCCGGUAAGUGAACCUCAGACCCCCGUACAGUCCCCUCCUCUCUCGCCAAUGGUUGAGGUUCACAAUGAAUUGAAUAAUAUCCACAGCCAGAUCUCUCCUUCUACCGAAAGAAAUUUAAACCAGUUUGCACCUGUGAAAUACUCAAACAACAAACAACAGGAAAUAACGGCAACCAUCAAUAUUAUCACCAACCCAAACGCCGAGUUCGCAGACGACCCGGUUUGGCAAAUUAACCCUUUACAUUUCAAGAAUAUCAAAAGCGACCUUGAGAAACUUCGUCUGAAACAAAGUCCGGUGAAGGAGCAGCCUUCCAAGCUCAUCAUGGGACAGAGUGCGCUGCGAUCACCGGAAAUGAGACGGAAGAGAAACGGGAUAGUUACGAACCCAAACGUAACAAAAAGUCUCGGGAUCAACAGUCCCAAUAUCGGUAAACUGUCCAGUAUUGACCACAGCCAAUGCAAACUUAAUGGGGUUAACGAUCCUGUGUCAAAUGGAAUCAUGCCUGCUCCGAUGUGCAAUGGACAUCAAGGCGCAGUUCGACCCAACGGCCUACCGCUUAAAAAAGAAACUCCACUCUAGAGAAUUAGGAUAUAUCUGUUUGUAUCACUAUAUUCAGAUGAUUUUUACCUUUAGUUAACGUUCACAAGAAGUAUAGAUAUUUAUUGUAAAAUUGCAGUAAUUACCAGACAAAUGGACGAUGUGAUGAACAAGCUGGUCUCUGUGAUAUUAGCAUACAGAAUACUCUUUUGUGGAUUGGAGGUGACUACAACAGGCGAAUCACGUGGACAAGCUUUCCUAUAUAACUUCAUGCUGGAUGGUCGGCGUACAGACCUAUUGUUUUGAAAACUUCAUCUGACAUUUCUUUCAGUGAGCAUGUGUUUGAUAAAAGGUGCUUCUAUUCGUAGUGAAAUAACUUUGUAACAAAGUAUUUAAAAAUAUUAUCCGAAUGAUCGCUAUGCAAACUAUUCAAGCUGAGUUCCUGUGCAAUAUCAUUGUCAACAGACUGUAACAUUGUAUAUCCAUGAGGGAACGAUCGUUAAUUAUACCAGUGCUAAACUUUUGAUGCGGUAUGAGUCCCAUUUCACUUCAACAGACACGUUUUUUUUGUUGCUUGUAAAUAUAACUGGCAUCAGUGUUUUCGUUUUGUAGCAAAGCUACAGAUAUCACUACAAUGUAUCUUUUUGUGCUAUGUUAUAGCUAUUUCGUGCUACAUUAACACGCUUUAAUUACUGUGUAUUGUCUAGUCAUUAUGCCAUACCUGAUGAAUUCCGUCUGAUCAGCUGUAUAUGUGGUUAUGUUGGAGAUACUUUGUUCUCAUUUGAUUCUGCUUGUUGAUGAUUGUUAAUACACUGCUUAAAUUCAUAUUUAAAAAAAUGUAAUAAAUGAUUUUGAAAUCUUUUGA